CAGCCGACAUCGACGCAGGGAUGAUUGGCAAGAGCAUCCCGGAAUUGAUCUUCAUCAGAGUCGCCAUCGCAUCUCUCCGCCUCCUGGCCCCGCUCAGCGUCCUCUACGUCGUCGCGAGCUGCUAUGCACGCAGCCUCCUCUGGUCCCGAUGGCUAGCGCUUUACGCGUGCGCGGAAGCCGCCUUCUGGCUCCUGGUCUACCUGCCGCGCCAGACACGAUUGCAAGAGGUGCGCACAUCCCGAGCCCGACGCCGUGCUUCCGCUGAUCCCAUCCAGGCCGCGACCCACCCGCCUUUGCCUCCCAGAGAAGAGCGCGAAGCCCUCUUCGAGCGCUGCUUCAGCAUCAUCAAAGACUCCCAUGCCGUCUCGGGAUGGUUCAUGCCCCGCUUGUCCGAGCUCAAGCGCGAAGAUGCCGAGGACUGGUUCCUCUGGGCCAUUUUCUCCUCCGACCGCAAAGACUACCGUGAGGAAUGGCAGGACGAGCUCGACGGUUAUGUGCAGAAGCUCGAGACUAUUAUCGGCCGCAAGCUGGAACCCGGCCGAAGCCCGCACGUCAGCAGCUUGAAGGUCACCCUUGACCCCGUCGUCAGCCUCCACCGCCCGCUGCUGUGGUACGCUAUCGUUUCUCUGAUGGACACCAUCACGGCGAUCGCGAUGCGCCUGCUCGGUUUCCAGCACCAUGACUCCACGCCCUGGUUCAACGUCUUCCCGCCCCGCCCGCUCACCAUCUUCUCUCGCCCUUCUCCGGUCCCCCACCUUCCGCACUGGUACCGCCCACACCGCUCGUCAAGCAAGCCGCCCAUCCUCUUCAUACACGGGCUCGGCAUCGGCCUCUGGCCUUACCUCCCCUUCUUCCGCGAUCUCCUUCGUGCCGACCCGGACGUCGGCAUCCUCGCGCUCGAAAUCCUCCCCAUCAGCAUGCGCAUCACUGACCCGCUCCUUUCGCGCUCGGCCAUGCUCUCCUCCAUCUCCUCCAUCCUCGCCUCGCACGGCCUCCCCCGCGCGACCGUCGCCUCGCACUCCUUCGGCACCGUCCUCACCGCGCACCUCCUCCGCGCCCCCGCCUACGCCCCGCUCGUCGCCGGCGCGCUCCUCAUCGACCCCAUCCCCUUCCUCCUCCACCUCCCGAGCGUCGCCUACAACUUCGUCUACCGCGCCCCGCGCGACGCCAACGAGUGGCUGCUCUGGUACUUCGCCAGCCGCGACCCGGACAUCGCCCGCGCCCUCGCCCGCCACUUUUUCUGGUCCCAGAGCGUGCUGUUCAAGGAGGACCUGGCGGAGUGCGUGAAGGCGGGGAGGCGCGUCGCGGUUGUGCUCAGCGGGCAGGACCAGAUCGUGGAUGCGCCCGAGGUGUGGAGGUAUCUGACGGGAGAGGACGAGCCGACGGCGCGCUGGAGUCAACCUGGAGGUGGCCUGGACGUGUACUACAUGAAGGGCCUCGAUCACGCGAUGGUCUUCGACACUCGCGAGCGCCGCAAGGUGUUGUUAAGUGCGCUACGGGAGAUCCAGGGUGCGAGCACAUGAAUUUGAAGUGUCGAUAGAAGUAGAUUAAGCGCAUGCCGUAUCCGUGCUGUACACACUAUGUGAUCUAUAGAAUAUGUUUCCAUU